AUGGAAGCUGUUAAGAGACAGGAAGCUGAAUCCAAGAAGUCCUUUUGCAACUCAGCCGCCAUAGAAGAAAGAUUUGAAGACCAAGUUCCAGAAUGGAUGCUUUCAAAACCUACUGUUGAUUGCAUGAUUUGGCCUGAAGAGAUUACCCAGAGAGAGAGUCCAAUCGAGCUAGAAAGAGAAGACUCUUCCCAAAGAUUAUCCCCAAGACUGAUAACUCAGGAAAGAGCCAAUGUGAACAUCAUGUCUAAGAGGAUAGCUGACAAGAUAGGCCUCACCAAGAUACAGCCAUCAUCCAUCUCCAUCAACUAUGCUGAUUCAUUCUCACAAACCCCUAUGGCUUUGUGCCUAAUGUGA